GGAAGUGGAGCUCAGUUUUCAAACGAAAACCUCCUGACUGGCAGGGUAGCAAUAGUUUGUGUGUGAUCGUAAAACAAGAAAACAAACGCCUUUUGGACGUCUUCACGCUUGGAAGAGACAAUAAAAAGACAUUUCUUUCUGGAAACAGUUUUGGAUAACUGAAAGGAAGAUACCGCUUCUUAUUUUUUGCUCCCCCCCCAGGAUAGUUUGACACGACAGCGCUCGUUUUACGCCGGGCUGUGAGAGUCGGAACUGUGUGUGUGUGUGACGGACUGGUUCAUGAAAAAUGUACACUUUUUGUCAAGGAGAAUUUGUUUGCAAUGCUGGUGUUACGAGAAGUGAUCUGUGAUGGGACUUGUCUGGACUUUUCUUCAAGUUAUUAACAACAACAGUUAUAAGCAACGGCAUACAGUUUACAAUAUUAUUAUAAUACAAUACAUAGAUGCGUUUUUAGAAACGAGUUAUUAAACUAAAGAAAGUGACCGGGAGCUGCUGUUGAAAGACGGGCUAUUAUUAUUAUUAUUAUUAUUAUUAUUAUUAUUAUUAUUAUUAUUAUUAUUCUGUGCCAAUGAUGUCUAGGAAGAGGUCGGAGAGUAAGUCUUCUCCGCCGGGACUGCUCACUGAAAUUCAGACCCCGAUCAGGACGGACGGUUUGGAUAAUCAUUACCACAUCACCUCAGACGAACUUGGCAGGGGUAAAUUUGCCGUGGUUAAGAAGUGUGUUGAGAAGUCCACGGGGAAGGAGUAUGCUGCCAAGUUCCUGAAGAAGCGUCGGAGAGGCCGUGACUGCAGAGUGGAGAUCGUGCACGAGGUGGCGGUUCUAGAAUCAGCGCGGUGGAAUUCACGCGUGAUCAACCUGCACGAGGUGUACGAAACAGAGCAUGAGAUCGUCCUGGUCCUGGAGUAUGCGGCGGGGGGCGAGAUCUUUGAUCACUGUGCUUCGGAGGAGGCGCUGACAGAGAGGCAGAUCACCCGGCUCCUCAGACAGACCCUGGAGGGAGUGCACCUGCUGCACCAGAGCAACCUGGUGCACCUCGACCUCAAGCCACAGAACAUCCUGCUGACCAGCCUGUCUCCCCUGGGGGACAUCAAGAUCGUGGACUUCGGCCUGUCGAGGAGGCUGGGGACAGGCAGCGAGCUGCGUGAGAUCACGGGUACCCCGGAGUACGUGGCACCAGAAAUACUAAACUAUGAACCCAUAACAACAGCAACAGACAUGUGGAGUGUGGGGGUGAUCGCGUACAUGCUGGUGACAGGUGAAUCUCCAUUUGCGGGAGACAACAAGCAGGAAACCUACCUGAACGUGUCACAGGUCAACGUGGACUACUGCAAAGAGGCCUUCGCUAGCGUGUCAGAGCUAGCUGUCGACUUCAUCAGGAAGCUGCUUGUCAAAUCGGCAGAGUGAGUAAUCACACACACGCACACACACAGUCGGCAGAGUGAGUAAUCACACACACGCACACACACAGUCUGCCAUUCCUGAUACAACAUAGAGAGAAAAUGGACAAUUGAGCUCAUAAUAAAACCUGCACUGCUGUGGGAGUCUUCUUUCCAUUCCUGUGUGGGGUACCAGCAUGCUUGACGACAAUAAUACGUCUUUGUAAUAACACCAAAGAUAUUUUGUCUGUUAAGUUUUGUGAAUGGGGCUCUCAGUGUAUUACAGAAUUGCAUGACAAAGGUUCAGACCCAACCUUGAACAGUCUAUAGUGUAAAUCGGCAAUAAGAAUGUUAUUAUUUUACCUU